CGCCUCCCAGCCCGCCCCGACUCUUCCGAGGAAGGGAGGCGGGAAACAGCUCAAGCCUCUCCCACCGCCCUGCCCCCAGCCCCGCCACUCCCAGGCUCCUCGGGACUCAGCACGUCCUCGGGGAUCGUCUCGGAGGGGACCCGCCGUGCAGACACGAUGGAGGUGGUACUGAUCUUUCUGUGCAGCCUGCUGGCCCCCAUGGUCCUGGCCAGUGCAGCUGAGCAGGAGAAUGAAAUGGACCCUUUUCAUUAUGACUACCAGACACUGAGGAUUGGUGGAUUGGUGUUUGCUGUGGUCCUCUUUUCAGUUGGGAUCCUCCUUAUCCUAAGUCGCAGGUGCAAGUGCAGUUUCAAUCAGAAGCCCCGGGCUCCAGGAGAUGAGGAAGCCCCAGUGGAGAACCUCAUCACUGCAAAUGCAACAGAGCCCCAGAAAGCGGAGAACUGAAGUGCAGCCCUCAGGUGGGAAGCCUCCCGGAACCUGAAGGCAGCUGCUUGAACCUUUAGUUGCAAACGUCAAUGCUUAAGAAAACCGGCCACUUCAGCAACAGACCUUUCCCCAGGAGAAGCCAAGAACUUGUGUGUGCCCCCAGGCCUUGCCCCAUGCCCUCUAAUACCAUUCUUCAACUUAACGAUGUGACUAACACUUGCCCCCGCCCACUGCAGCCUACAGCCCCGUCCAUCUCCUGUGACGUGUCUCUGUGUGUGUGUGUUGCCGACUGUGGUCUUUGUGGCUGCUCGUUCAUGGAUGAUAAUUGUGUUAGUGAACUGUAGACUCUCUUCCCUGGGCGGGAGAUGAGCCUUGUCACCAUUGGCUCCCUGAUCGCUGUGGCCCUCCAUCAGCUCCCACUGCCAGACCAGCCCCUUGUCCAGGUUUAAGGUUGAGUAUAAGGUGAGAGCACGGGCGGGAGUCUCCAGUGGUCUUGGGACCUGGGAAGGUUUACAUCAUUCUUCACUUCUUUUACAAGAACCUCGCUUCCAUUUGACCCCGUCUGUUCUGAAGGUCUCUUAGCAAUUGGGGACAAAAAGCAAGGAGUAGGUGAGCCCCGUGUUGCCUCAGGCGGGCUGCACCCUUCUGUGGUCAUUCAUUCGCCUCCCAGGGCCUUCCUCUGGGGAGUCCCCAUCUGCCCUGACCCUUUGCAGAGCACCCAGAAUUCCGGGCCCAGGGCUAAUACUCUGCCCCUGGGGAAAUCUCCCCUUUCAUAUCUUCUCAGCAAUAACCCCAUGGGCUCUGGAACCCUUCCCCCUUGACCUUCCCUGGUUCCAAGACUUCAAUCUGUAGCCCAGCUCACCUGGACUCAGACUCCUGUCCCUGAAGUUGGUCUCUGGCAGACACUGGCUGAGGGAUUCCCACUCUGCUGGGGCUGGCAUGGGAGACCCCUGGUCAGGCACAGAGACCACCCCUGCAUCCAUCGCUCUGCCUGUCAGUGGUCAGAGCAGUGCAGAAGGGAGGUUAGAGACCUAGGGGCUCCCGCAGCCCUGCAGCCCUGCCCUGCCCCAGAGGGAACAGUGAAAGGUCCAAGGUCAUAAUGAGAGUGGGAACUUGAACCUGAUCCUGCCUUUCCUGUCCUCCAUGUUCCCCUGGAAACUAACCACACCGUGCUGCUGUGACCAGGCUGCUGUUCUCUGUAUCGUGAUCCAUCCUCUCAACAGAAACAAGGAAUAAACUAUCAUUUG